AUGGCUUUUCUCGAGGACCCCCGAUUACGACAGCGCUGGAACCAAAUCACCCACGAUGCCGAGACGGCGACGGAGAAUGCCGCCGCGGGCAUCUGGUCCUUCCAGCAGCACUAUGUGAACCCCUGCCUGGGAUCGCUGGCCCGAUCGGUCGAGAAGUGCACGGCGGUAUGUCUGGGAGACGUCGAGGAGCGGCGGCGACGGCAGCGCGAACGGUCACGGUCGCGUGCCGAGAACAUGUUUGACUUUUACGACGACUGGUACGAGGAGGAGGAGCAACGCGGCGGCCUGCUCGGCGGCUGGGGCGGCGAGGACUGGGACAGGCUGCUGGCCGGUACGGGGAGUGGCAGCGGCACCCAGAGGAAGAAGGCGUCGGGUGAAGGCGUGACGGACAGUCAGCCACGACGGAAACGGGGCAUGAGCUACGGCACCCGCGGCGGUCGUGGCCGGCGCAAGACGACGAUCGGCCAGGACUCGACCAUCAUCCCCAGCACACAGCCCAUCGGCCUACUCAGCAAACUUCCCUGGAGGAUGGGUGGCACUCUGCGCUACAAGCCGAGUGCGGCAGAUCUCCAGGACCACCCGGGGAAGCACGACGACGCCGAGUCGACGCCCCUUCUGGGAGGCGGAGGCGGAUCCGGUAACAUGCAUGCCGACGACAGCGACGCCGACGACAGCGACGACCAACAUAACCAGCAAAAUCAUUCGCCUCAGUCACUGCGCAAACGUAGCGGCACGACAGGAUCCGGCGACACGUCGGACUCGUACCGCUCACGGGGCGACCUGCUCCCGAGCGACGGCGAGGGAGAGGAGGACGCGAUACCGCUCGACGAUGAAGUCACGUACGACAUGAUCCGCAAAGACGACCGGAGCAGUGGGAAGACCACACGCAGUAGCAAGGGCAAGGGCCCCGCCAUGAAUGGCGUCUCUAGGACUGUUUCCCGCACCACCAUAGGUUCCAUGGGCUCCCGCGAAUCGCUCUGGGUGCUACGGGCAUCCACGGGCUCGGUGCCGUCCGUGGCAGGCCACACGCCUGCGUUCACGCAGGAUGACCCAGAUGUGGAGGAGGAAGAGCUGCACCGCGAAGAGGAAGAGAAGCUGGCCAGACAGAAGGAGGCGGCGGCACAGCUGACAGAGGCCAAGGGACUGAAUACGCAGAGUCGACAGUCUGACGAGCCCAAAUUCGAGACUGCGGUGGAUGGCGACGAUGAGGAUGACGAGUACGACGACGACGAGUUUGACACUACAAAUUAUUACCGUGAUGAUGAUGAGCCGCCGCCUGCAUCGCAACAACAACAACAACAACAACAACAACAACAACGACAACAACAGCGACAACAAGAACAAGGACGACCACAGCCAUCUGGCCAUGAUCAACGCCCUGGCGAUAAUUUCGUGCCUGCGCGACUGCCCUUCUUCGGCUGA